CACUUUGAGUGACGUACGUGUAAAUCACGUCCCUCAAGAGUCUGACUCACUCACGUCUCACUGCACGUAGAGAAAGAUACAUACAGAGGCUGAGAUCUGGGAGCAGCAGCUCGAGGGUAUCAUCACACCACCGCACUCUCUUAUCCAUCCACCCUCCCACUCCUGCUCGUCACAUAAAUCUCCUAAGCUGCAAGUCUGUCCGCAGCAUCCUCUGCACACACACCAUCCCACCAAGACACACAGAGAGAGAGAGACAUUGUUGACAUACAGACAGCCCUUCCUCCGGUCUCGCGGGGUCACCUCGUAUUGUUUGAUGCGCUGCGACACCUCCUGAAGGCCUCUUUGAUUAUCCCACAUCAGCAAAGGCACAAACCCACCGGUAGCAUCCUCCGUCCCCUUAGCUUCCUCAUGUUGAACCAUUGACGCGCCACGCCUCUCCCCCACUGCCAUAACAGGCUGCGCACGGGUGUCGCCUUCCCUUUUCUCUCCCCCAUUGCCUUUGUCUUCCUCAGCUGUGUCUCCGCUUCUAUACCUCGCGAGGGUCACUGCGGUACCGUCACACUGGGCCACAGCGAGCGAGUGCGGCGUCGCUGCAUGUGACUGUGGGAUGCGGAGAGAGAAGAGACAGGGCUCGAGAAAGGAAUCCAGUCCAGGCUUGACGGACUGAAAGCCCAGCAACUCGCUGCCGUCAAGAAGUAGCAUGUUGAUCCUGACCCCCACGGUUGCCUGCAUCGCCUCUCGCCCGGCUAGAAUGUCGUUUGCUAUCCACUGCGGACGGUCAAAGACUUGAGUGCCGCCCGUCAAGUCCUCGAAAGCCCCCCAGCCAAAUAGCCUACCGUUGACGUCGCAGGCGAGUGUGCGGUCUCCGCCUAUCGAGACAUGUGUGAUGCUGAAGCCGUGCCGCCAGAGAUGGAGCACGAGGCUGGGCGGCAAAAGGGGAGGGGACGGUGGAUUGCACGUCUGGCCGGUGUCGUUCGUCCCCCCCGUCCACAGCCAUCCGCCCUGCCGCUGGUGGUCCUUCACCCGUCUGCAGCCGCCAAUCAGGGCAUAAGUGCCUCGCGGAGAUAUUGUCACAUCACGGAAACGGACAGGCUUCCCGUCUUUGUCGUCCGACCUCCUGACGGACACAGCGGCGGGCAGCCGACGGACCUGCAGUGGAAGCAUGCGUGUGCAACACACGUGUAUGGAUCGGUAGAGUCAGUUUCUUGAGACCUUGUCGUUUGGGAGCUGCCCCCAGAAGAAUGGCGUCCCUGAGCGUGUCACACACGCGGAACAGUGCUGCCCAGCCGCCACCUUCGUUGCUCGUUCCUGCGUGAAGCGCCCGUCUCACCAAAUCAGCGACGAGAGAGAGACAUGCCUCCUUGUCACUCGUGCACUUACCUUCCUCGCCAGCAGAUCGACAACCAGACGCGGUAUCUCAUUGUCUGUCACGUGUGUCCUGAGGCCGCACUGGCCCUUCCGAUUGCUGCCCCACGCCCACACGGCCCCGUGCUGGUCCAUGGCGAUCAGGUGGUCAUGGCCCGCAGCGAUCUGUUCUAUGAGGAUGGGGAUGUGGGAACGAGCAGAGGGGCCGGCAGGGGCGGGGUGGAGGAGAAAGCCUUCAUGAAAGGCAUGACAUGAAGGGAGGGCACCAUAUUCAUUCAUCGUAUUUUUCCGGCCACACCACACUGACCCAGUUUCGUCCCUUGGCCGUCCCGGACGAUCGUGACGCCCCCGUUGCUCCCUCGCACGGCCACAAAAUUUCUCCUGCACAAUUGCGCAAUGCGCAUACCGACGUGCUCCUGUGCAUUGCUCCCGACUGACCCCAAUGCGAUCGACAGCACUUGGGGAGAGUGGCGUAGCAUAUCCUCGUCUGCCGGCUGGUUGGGGAAGACGUGCAUCAGUGACCUUAUUUGGGCGUGUGAUGACGCAUCCAAAGGAUCAAACUCCACACACAGGGGCUGCAAUAAACGCAUCGAAGAGACACGAAGAUGAUGCCGCCAACGAGACAGCCCGUUCUCCCAUCCUACUUGUGCAGGCGUCAGCGGGCUGUGUGUGGCGCCGCUGGCCGAUGAGCGUGGCAGUACCAUGGUGAAUAUAGUCUCCUGGUUACCAUCGCCUCCCUCUUGUGCUGCUGGUGGUGCUGCGGCUGCUGACGCACCCACUGACCCACCACUCGACCUGAAUGUCGGCACGUGAUGAACAACAUCAGAUCUCCUUCGACCAAUGUCUCUGCCGUCCUCCUGGCCGGCCAUGUGCCUUCUAGCGGCAACGCCACCGUCAUCCAAGAGCUGCUGUGGUGCCGGUGCUGCCGAUGAACCAUGGUUGCUUGACUGGCCGGAAUGUGGACGCCGUGCAGCACGUGGGAUGGGUGUCAGGGGAUGGCGGUCGCCUUGGAAGUGAUACGAAGGCAAAACGGUGCUUUGCAAUGGGAAUGCUGGUGGCGGAGGUGCAACGACGCGAUGUGUGGCUGUUGGCGGGCAGGGGUCUGCUGAGAUGUCGACUGGGCCAGCAACCCGAGGAGGCGGGGAGGGCGUGCGCGGCCUCUUUCUCACGCCCGUCGGCGGACAUGGAUGUGGCUGGAAGGCUAUGAAAGACGAGCCGUGGGGUGCCCAGCCUCUCGCUGCUGUGUGCUCUUUUGACGGAGACGACGCUGCCUGCUUGAAGCGCUCAUAUGAACUUCCACCAACAAGAACGUCGCGCAGCUGCAGGACAUCAGCUGUGGUAGUCAGGUGGCUCUUGAAGCGGCCACAUUGAGCAUCAAAUCCGUCCAUACUGCGGGUUAAAAGUUCAAGCGACG